AUUGACCGUCAAAGUCGUUAAUAUAUUUAAAAGAAAAUAAUUCAAUAAUUAUAUUAACAAAAAUCAUGAAUAUAUCAAUGAAACUAUACAAAAAUGUUUCGACUGCACUAAGACCGGAAGCGCGGCUGGGAUCUGAAAGUCGUUUAUUAGGUUGGAAUGUACCACCGGAGGAAAUACAUCAUAUACCCGAACAUUGGCUGCAAUAUGAGGAACCACAAGCUUCUCUACAUUAUUUACUGGCCAUGCUUUAUAUUUUCUUUACCAUUAUGUCUUUACUGGGUAACGGUUUAGUUAUUUGGGUAUUUACAGCAGCCAAAUCGCUACGCACUCCCUCGAAUAUAUUGGUUAUAAAUUUGGCCAUUUGUGAUUUCUUUAUGAUGUUUAAAACGCCGGUAUUCAUUUACAACAGUUUUAUGCGCGGCUACGCUCUCGGCAAUUUGGGUUGUCAAAUUUAUGGCAUAAUAGGCUCUUAUACAGGCAUUGGGGCAUCAGCAACCAAUGCUUUUAUCGCCUACGAUCGCUACAAUGUUAUAACGCGUCCCUUAGAAGGCAAGAUGACUCAAGGUAAAGCCUUGCUAAUGGUGAUUUUCAUUUAUUUAUACGCUACGCCUUUUGUGGUCGCCUGUGUCACGGAAAGUUGGGGUCGAUUUGUACCAGAGGGUUACCUGACAUCCUGCACUUUCGAUUAUUUAACUGACAACUUUGAUACACGGCUCUUUGUAGGCACGAUAUUUUUCUUCAGUUUCGUCUGCCCUACUACAAUGAUUAUAUACUACUACAGUCAAAUAGUCGGACAUGUCUUUAGCCAUGAGAAAGCCCUUCGUGAUCAGGCAAAGAAAAUGAAUGUUGAAUCAUUACGAUCUAAUGUAGAUAAGAGCAAGGAUACUGCAGAAAUACGCAUUGCCAAAGCAGCCAUUACAAUUUGUUUUUUAUUUUUCGUUUCGUGGACUCCGUACGGUGUAAUGUCAUUAAUUGGAGCAUUUGGAGAUAAGAGUCUCUUAACACCUGGCGUCACAAUGAUACCAGCAUGUACAUGUAAAAUGGUUGCUUGCGUCGAUCCAUUUGUAUAUGCUAUAAGUCAUCCAAAAUACCGUUUAGAAUUACAAAAGCGUUGCCCGUGGUUGGCGAUUAACGAAAAAUCUGGAGAAGCUUCGACAACAGCUUCGACCACAACACAAGAACAAAGUCAACAACAGACAACAGCAGCUUAAUAAAUGUAUUUUUUACUAUUAGUGUAAUGAAUAAUUUUAAUAAUAGUAAGUAAGUGUUAUAAUGUAUAUAAGACGGCAUUCGUUGAUGACUAAAUCUUGUACCCGGACUAUGAUAUUAAACGCCCUCACGAAUUUGAUCAAAAUA